CUUAGCUUCUAUACCCGUGGGGCUAGAUUUGAAAAUUUCCCUCUUGUGCAUUGUCAUGCCUCCAUCUUAGCUUAGAAUGUUAGAACUUAGAAUUAACUCUCCCUAUCUUCAAUAUAUUAUUAUCAUAAGCUUCACUUCAUUUAUAACUUGUUCAAACCAUUUUCCUCCCCAAGAUCUUCAAACACCCACCAAACAUACUAGGAAAAGAAAUAGCAAAACAUAUAUUAACCAAAAAAAAAAACACAUGAAGCAACAUCUGGCUUUAAUUAUCUUCCUUUUACUCCAAAGAAACUAUCUUCUUGCCCAUGGAGAUGAUUUCAUCAGAACAAAUGGAAUCCAUUUUAUGCUCAAUGGCGUCCCAUUUUACGCUAACGGCUUUAACGCUUACUGGCUCAUGUACGAGGCCUCAGACCUUUCUUCGCGCCCCAAAGUCUCGGCCACUUUAAGACAAGCUGCCAGCCAUGGACUCACCAUUGCAAGAACUUGGGCUUUUAGCGAUGGAGGCUACAGACCUUUACAGAUCAGCCCUGGUUCUUACAAUGAGCAAAUGUUUAAGGGGCUCGAUUUUGUUGUGUCUGAAGCUAGGAGAUAUGGGAUGAAGCUGAUAUUCAGCUUUGUUAACAACUUUGACGAUUUUGGGGGCAAAAAACAGUAUGUCAACUGGGCUAGAAGAAGAGGGCAAAAUCUCCACUCUGCUGAUGAUUUCUUUACAAACUCCUUAGUCAAAAGUUUUUACAAGAAUCAUUCUGUUAUUAACAGACGCAACACAAUUACUGGAGUUAUUUACAAGAAUGACCCUACAAUUAUGGCUUGGGAACUAAUGAAUGAGCCACGAUGCACCUCAGAUCCAUCAGGCAGAACUAUUCAGGCUUGGAUACAAGAAAUGGCUUCUUAUGUGAAAUCCAUCGAUCAAAAUCAUUUGCUAGAAGUUGGAUUAGAAGGCUUCUAUGGUCAAUCGUCAACUCGAAUGACCGGGAUAAAUCCCGGUUUUAACUUUGGGACUGAUUUUAUAAUAAACAAUUUGAUUCAUGAGAUCGAUUUUGCGACCGUCCACUCGUACCCGGAUAUAUGGCUGCCGAACUCGAGUGAACAAAAGCGGCAUUCUUUUCUAAACAAAUGGCUCAACACGCACAUUCAAGAUGCUGAGGCUAUUCUCCGAAAGCCCCUUCUCUUUGCCGAAUUCGGGAAAUCUUCGAAAGAUCGAAAUUUCGAGCCUAGCCAAAGGGACAGGCUUUUCUAUUUGGUGUAUUCGAGGAUUUAUAAAUCGGCCAGUCGAGGUGGAGUGGCUGCAGGUGGACUUUUCUGGCAGCUUUUGGCUGACGGCUUGGAUUCUUUUCAAGACGGCUGUGGAAUAAUCCUCGACAAAGAUCGUUCGACUGCUAAUGUGAUAGCUCACGAGGCUUUCAAGUUGUACCGUCUCUCACUAGGCUAUUUGCAGCAGGCCCCGGUAUCUUAUUCUUACACAGAAAUUGAGCUUGCCAGAGCUGAUUUACUGACAUCGUCAAACAUGGCGUUAUCACUGAGGCCGUCAAUUACCAGAAGAUUAUACUCAAAUUCAUGCUUAGCCCACGUCGACAUCUUGGGCACCCUGAUUCCCGACGACCGCCGUAAAGACCCCACGACUCCUAACCUCCAUGACUCCUCACUAAUCAACAUGCUGGAGCUCAACUCACAGCUCAAGCUCCUAACAAAAUCCGGCGACCUGAAAACCGCCCGCAACAUGUUCGACACAUUGCCCCAAAGGGACGAAAUCACCUGGACCACAAUGAUUGCCGGCUACAUCAGCUCCUCAGACCCAUCCGAAGCAAUUUCUUUAUUCUCGAAAAUGUGGGUCGACCCGGAUGUCGUAAUGGACCCAUUCAUACUCAGCCUUGCUUUGAAAGCGUGCGGCCUGAAUGUAAAUUUGGGUUAUGGUCAAGGGCUGCACGGUUACUCCAUAAAAUCCAGCUUCAUCCGCUCAGUUUUCGUUGGGAGUUCGGUUCUCGACAUGUACAUGAAGAAUGGAAGAGUUCUUGAGGGGUGUUCGGUUUUUGACGAAAUGCCGUCAAGAAAUGUGGUAUCUUGGACAGCAGUCAUCACAGGCCUCGUCCGCGCAGGUCUCCACUCCCGGGGGCUUUUAUAUUUUUCCCAAAUGUGGAAAAACGGAGUCGAGUAUGAUUCAUACACGUUUGCCAUUGCACUCAAGGCAUGUGCUGAUCUCGAGCUGUUGCACAACGGGAAAGAGAUUCACGCCCGCAUAUUAAAAAGAGGUGUAGAAACAACCACAUAUGUGGCCAACAGCCUUUCCACAAUGUACAAUAAGUGCGGGAAAGUCGAAUACGGCUCGUUUCUAUUCGAGAGCAUGACUAAACCGGACGUGGUCUCUUGGACGUCCAUGAUAACAACAUACAUCCAGACAGGCCAAGAGAAACAGGGGAUUAAUUCCUUUCCGCGCAUGCGAGCAUGCGGGAUAAGCCCCAACGAGUACACUUACGCGGCUGUUAUUUCGGGAGUCGCAAAUAUCGCGAAUCUCGAGUGGGGCCAGCAGCUGCACGCGAACGUCCUGCUCGUGGGUCUCGCAGAAUCUCUAUCCGUAGCGAAUUCUAUCAUGACCAUGUACUCAAAAUGCGGGCUUCCCGAUUCUGCCCUUGAAAUCUUUCGCCAAAUGACUGCAAGGGACAUAAUCUCCUGGAGCACGAUAAUUGCAGGCCAUUCUCAAUUGGGCCAUGCAGAGGAGGCCUUCGAGCUCUUUUCGCAGAUGAGGAAAGAAGGCCCGAGGCCCACCGAGUUCGCCCUCUCGAGCGUGCUGAGCGUUUGCGGCAGCAUGGCUAUUCUCGACCAAGGGAAACAGCUCCACGCGUACGUUUUAUCCGUCGGCCUCGACCAAACGGCCAUGAUCCCGAGCUCCCUCAUAAACAUGUAUUCAAAAUGUGGUUGCAUUUUCGACGCGGCGAAGGUUUUCUCACUUACCCUAAACGACGAUAUAGUCUCGUGGACGGCAAUGAUCAACGGAUACGCGGAGCACGGAUUGAGUCGGGAAGCCAUCGAAUUAUUCGAGAGAAUUCCGGACGCGGGCCUUCGGCCCGACUCGGUGACUUUCAUCGGUGUCCUCGGCGCGUGCAGCCACGCGGGGCUUCUCGGUCUCGGGUCCCACUAUUUCGACUCCAUGAUUGAAAAAUACCGAAUUUACCCCUGUAAAGAGCACUACGGGUGCAUGAUCGACCUGUUUUGUCGGGCGGGGAGGUUAGAAGAGGCCGAGAGGAUGAUGAGAGAAAUGCCGUUUGAGAAAGAUGUCGUGGUCUGGUCGAGCAUGCUGAGGGCUAGUCGGGAGUGUGGUGACGUGGAGCGCGGGCGGGUGGCGGCCGAAGAGGUGAUUAGGCUAGACCCGGAGUGCGGUGGGACCCACGUCACGCUGGCGAAUAUGUAUGCGUGUGGUGGGAGGUGGAAAGAGGCGGCUGGGGUGAGGAGGUUGAUGAGGUGGCGGGGUGUGGUGAAGGAGCCCGGGUGGUCGUGGGUGAAGGUGAAGGAGGACAGAGUGUCGGCUUUUGUGGCGGGGGAUAGGAAUCAUCCGAGAUGCGAGGAGGUUUAUGGGGUGUUGGGGUUGGUGUAUUGUUCGAGUGAGGAGUUGAGUUUCGAGGAGGUUGAUUCGAGUGUGAUUAAAACGCCGAAAGUUCCUCUGAAAGAUGGAUGUUAUCUGCUGAGCCAUGCUGUACUUAACAGACCCAACAAGAUUAUUGGAGUUGCUUACAAGAAUGACCCGACAAUUAUGGCGUGGGAACUAAUGAAUGAGCCAAGAUGCAACUCACAUUCAUAA